UGGGUUUUUAUACUUCUGCUGAGCAUGGGUUUUGAAAACGCACACCCUCCAAACUCCGCCACGUCUCUCUUUCAGGAAAGCUGCUUCCAUGGCGUUUGGGGAAUGCCUCCCGGCUCAGGAUCCAUCCCCGGCCAGCAACCUUGAACUCCAGCACAGAUCGCUGAAGUGCAGAUAGCGAAGCGGAGAGAAGGCCAGCGUCGUUUUCGAGAGGGGCUGGUGGCCCCGGGAAUGACCGCUUCGGUGAGCCAUGAUUCCAGUCACGGAAUUGCGUUACUUUGCCGAUACCCAGCCGGCGUAUCGUAUCCUGAAGCCCUGGUGGGACGUCUUUACAGAUUACAUCUCCAUCGUGAUGUUAAUGAUUGCAGUAUUUGGUGGGACACUACAAGUCACCCAGGACAAAAUGAUUUGUUUGCCUUGCAAAUGGGUUACCAAAGAUGCUUGCAACGAUUCUUCCCGUGAAUGGACAGCUGCAAACUUGGACUCGAAUUACUACAAUACUUCUCUGGGGUCACCCCUGGACCCUGGGCCUACAGGGAUCAAAUAUGAUCUUGACCGGCAUCAGUAUAACUAUGUGGAUGCUGUGUGUUAUGAAAACCGCCUUCACUGGUUUGCCAAAUAUUUCCCUUACCUAGUCCUGCUGCACACACUCAUCUUUUUGGCUUGUAGCAACUUCUGGUUCAAGUUUCCAAGGACCAGCUCCAAGCUGGAGCAUUUUGUCUCCAUCCUGUUGAAAUGCUUUGACUCUCCUUGGACCACGAGGGCUCUGUCUGAGACGGUGGUGGAGGAAAGUGAUCCUAAGCCAGCCUUUGGGAAGAUGAAUGGUUCUAUGGAGAAGAAAUCUUCCAAUGUCAGUGAAGAUGUGGAAGCCACUGCCCCAGUGCUGCAGAGGACCAAGUCUCGGAUUGAGCAAGGAAUUGUAGACCGAACAGAGAAUGGUGUCUUGGACAAGAAGGAAGGAGAGCAAGCCAAGGCACUAUUUGAGAAGGUCAAGAAGUUCCGCACACACGUGGAAGAAGGGGAUAUUGUCUACCGCCUCUAUAUGAGGCAAACCAUCAUCAAAGUGAUCAAGUUCAUCCUCAUCAUUUGCUACACUGUCUAUUAUGUCAACAACAUAACCUUUGACAUUGAUUGCAAAGUGGACAUUGAGAGUCUGACUGGCUAUCGCAUGUAUCGUUGUGCUCACCCUCUGGCAACCCUCUUCAAAAUCCUGGCUUCCUUCUACAUCAGCCUCGUGAUCCUCUACGGCCUGAUCUGUAUGUACACACUCUGGUGGAUGCUCCGUCGAUCCCUCAAGAAGUAUUCCUUUGAGUCCAUCCGGGAGGAGAGUAGCUACAGUGACAUUCCUGAUGUGAAAAAUGACUUUGCCUUCAUGCUGCAUCUGAUCGACCAGUACGACCCCCUCUAUUCCAAGCGUUUUGCCGUCUUCCUCUCGGAAGUGAGUGAAAAUAAGCUCAGGCAGCUGAACCUCAACAACGAAUGGACUUUGGAGAAACUGCGCCAAAGGAUCACCAAGAACUCCCAGGAUAAGUUGGAGCUUCACCUCUUCAUGCUUAGUGGCAUUCCAGAUACGGUCUUUGACCUCAUUGAGCUGGAGGUUUUAAAACUGGAGCUCAUUCCUGAUGUCACCAUACCCCCCAGUAUUGCUCAGCUCACCAGCCUCAAGGAACUGUGGCUGUAUCACACCGCAGCCAAAAUAGAGGCCCCAGCCCUUGCCUUCUUAAGGGAAAACCUGAAAUCUUUACACAUCAAAUUCACAGACAUUAAGGAGAUCCCACUGUGGAUUUACAGCUUGAAGACUCUAGAAGAGCUCCAUCUGACGGGGAACCUGAGUGCCGAAAACAAUCGGUACAUUGUGAUCGACGGUCUACGGGAGUUGAAGAGGCUUAAAGUGUUGAGGCUGAAGAGCAAUUUGACCAAGCUGCCCCAGGUGGUGACGGACGUUGGUGUCCAUCUCCAGAAACUGUCCAUCAACAAUGAAGGGACCAAGCUCAUGGUUCUGAAUAGCCUGAAGAAGAUGGUCAACUUGACAGAACUAGAACUCAUCCGCUGUGACCUGGAGCGCAUCCCUCACUCUAUCUUCAGCCUCCACAACCUCCAGGAGAUUGACCUCAAAGACAACAACCUCAAGACCAUUGAAGAGAUCAUCAGCUUCCAGCACCUACAUCGCCUCACUUGCCUUAAACUGUGGUACAACCAAAUUGCCUACAUCCCUGUGCAGAUUGGCAACCUUACCAACCUGGAGCGCCUUUACCUUAACCGCAACAAGAUUGAGAAGAUCCCCACCCAACUUUUCUUUUGCCGGAAACUUCGGUAUUUGGAUCUCAGCCACAAUCUUUUGACUUGCAUACCAGCGGAAAUCGGAGCACUGCAGAAUCUGCAGAACCUCGCUGUUACAGCUAAUAAGAUCGAGGCUCUGCCCGCCGAGCUGUUCCAGUGCCGAAAGCUACGGACUUUGCACCUGGGGAACAACGUGUUGCAGUCCCUGCCCUCCCGGGUGGGAGAGUUGACCAACCUGUCUCAGAUCGAACUGCGGGGGAACCGUUUGGAGUGCCUGCCGGUGGAGCUGGGGGACUGCCCCUUGCUGAAACGCAGUGGGCUGGUGGUGGAGGAAGACCUGUUCAACACGUUGCCUUUGGAGGUGAAGGAGCGCCUCUGGCGGGCGGAUAAAGAGCAAGCUUGAAAGGAGGAGGAGGAAGCGACGCCUCGAGCUGCAGGCUGGUCCAUGUCCGAUCUCUGACCAAGGGGGCCAGGGAACCCCAGGCUGACCCCGUCCCCUGGCCCCCUGCUCCUGCAAACACACACUUAACCAAGGAGAGGAGCUGUGGCCAGGAACUACCACGAGUGGGUGGGAAGGAGACGGGCUGCUGCUUCAGAAAGGAGGGGAGAAUGAACUCGGGGGGCAGGGCAAGGAUCGUGGCAUGGUUGCUCUCUGUGGGACGGGCAGUGGGGACGUGGUCCGCCCCUGCGAGAAAACGAGACUGAGGCUGGUGUGCUCGGAAGGAUGACCCGCUGCUGUGUGUUGGGGCAGACAGCCUGACCCUGCUGCUGUUUCGUGUGCCCGGGCACCGUCCAGGAACUGAACACUUUGCCCCAUCCAAAGACAGGAACAGCGUUCCACUGUCCGACUAUGCAUCACACAAAGUCCAGCCCUGGCUCCAAUGAUUAUGCUCAGCUACUCUCGGAUGAGUGGAUAGGAGAAGAUUCAGACUUAAUUUUUUUUCGACGGUGGCAUUUUUUUUUAAAUUUUGUAUUUUACUUUGGGACUCUUUUGCAAAAGUGUGUCUUCAACCCUUCUCCCCUUGCGCGGGGAUCGCCAAUUAGGACUUUCCUGCGGUCCCCAAAUCUUGGUGGCUACGGCAGGAAUUUUGGAAUGGAAGAUCACGGCGUUUCCACCUGAAGAAUGCCAGCCUGUGUUUUUCCGGUGAAAAAGUCUUCGCGGUUGCAAAAACAUUAAACGUUGAGAGUGGGUAGGGGACGUUGUUAAUUUUUAAACUGACGUAUAACAUUCCUUAUAGCACACAGGACUUAAAACAUGGCUGCAGUUGAGAAAUUCCCAUUGGAGAGGAACGUGGGCACCAAUGAUCAGAACUCUAAAAAAGAACCCUUAAUGUAUACGGUAUACUUCCCCCCCCCUUUAAUCUGCUACCAGGAAGUUAAAACUACAUCAAUGUUCCCUGUUCUCUUUAUGUUUGUUUGUUUGGAAUAACAGCUGGCCUGUUUUUUUUUUAUUAUUAUUUUUGUUUUCGGCGCCUUGACUGUCCUCCGAGAAGGGAUGGAGUUCUGCUUCUAUUGUCUGGUUUGACGCUGCGCCAAACGGCUCGUCAACGGAGAACCGAGUGGGGUUGAUUCCCUCCUCGGGGUUAAAAAGGAGCAGCAGAAAAAACACUGCAGGGGUUAGGGGGUGUGGGAAGAGGUCUUGUUGCAAAAGGGGGGGAGGCCUGUUCUGCAAGGAAGCGAGAAAUGAGUCGAAUUUGCACUGCCGCCCGGCACGCCUGUCCUAGUGCAAAGCUGAUGCUUUGACCCCUCCGGCCCCCCAAGGGGUCGAAACUUUACAUCCUGUUGCAACUGGAAAACCCCGCCUGCCAGGUGGGUGAGAAAUAAAACUCGGCCAGGAUGGAGCCCCCGUCCCACCGUAUCCAGAAGGCCUGGGGCUUGCGGGACGUGCAGUUCCAAAACGUAUAUACAUAUUAAAAUAAAAUUCCGCGUUGGGAAGGGAGCUUCCCCAUUGGGUUGAAAAUGAAAUGCUCAGGUGCAGAUUCUGUGAGAAGAAGGGAGGCUGCGGGUGGAGUGGCCAAAGCUGGUUGCCACAUAUCCGGGCACCUCUGCAGCUGGGAAGUUAGUCUUGUCCAAAUCCCGGAGGGGUGUCAGACCCCCUUCCCUCUCCCGGCUCCCCUUUUUUCUGCAGUAAACAGGACAAAGCCGUUUGCGAGCUCCCUGCUGCCUCCGUCCGCUGUAAUAGGAAGGAUUUUUGCACACUAGCCAUGCUACCACGUGAAAAGCAAUGUUACCCAGGCGCUGGCAUUGUUCAUGUUUAAAAUAAAGCUACAUGGAAAU